CGUCGGCGUAGCGUCCCUCCCCUUUUACAGUUGCCGUUUUUUCUCUUCAGCGUUCAGCGACCGUCGGCGCCAUAUUGACGAUUACAACGCUUUCUACAAAAUCUUAAAAAACACAUAUUUGCCAAAAUGCUGUACUUGGAGGACUACCUCGAAAUGAUCGAGCAGCUACCCAUGGACCUCCGCGACAGGUUUACGGAAAUGAGGGAGAUGGACCUGCAAGUACAGAAUGCUAUGGACCAGCUGGAGCAGAGAGUUAAUGAGUUCUUUGCCAAUGCUAAGAAGAACAAACCUGAAUGGAGGGAGGAGCAGAUGGAGGUUAUUAAGAAGGACUAUUAUAAAGCGUUGGAAGAUGCUGAUGAAAAAGUCCAAUUAGCCAAUCAAAUCUAUGAUCUGGUGGAUCGACACUUAAGGAAGUUGGAUCAGGAGCUUGCAAAGUUCAAAAUGGAGCUGGAAGCAGACAACGCCGGCAUUACAGAAAUCCUGGAGAGACGAUCAUUGGAAAUGGACAGUCCAUCUCAACCUGUCAAUAACCACCAUGUUCACUCGCAUGCCACUGGAGAAAAGAGGAAGUACAGCACGCCAACUCACCACACUACUGAGCAUGUGCCAGAGAAGAAGUUUAAAUCCGAAGCUCUGCUCUCAACUUUGACAUCAGAUGCCUCUAAAGAGAACACCCCGGGUUGCAGAGCGAACAGCACGUCCUCCUCGACCAACAGCGUGUACAGUGUGAACUCCACCCAGUCUCUUUCCUCAUACAACCUGAGCUCUCUGCCAUUGGGUCCAGCCGCCGGUGCAGGAGCCAUCAGUAUGGCAGCUGCUCAGGCAGUGCAGGCCACAGCACAGAUGAAGGAGGGCAGGAGGACGUCAAGUAUGAAGGCUUCCUUUGAGGCCAUUAAAAACGAUAUCCUGGCUCGGGACUUUACUUCGAGCAGAGAGACUUCCGGCUACAUGUCCUCGACUCUGGCCUCUACUCUCGCACAGAACCUCACCACCAGCAACAGCUCAGACUCCCGCGCAGGACGCAAGAGCAAAAACAACAACAAGUCUUCCAACCACCAGUCCUCAUCAUCGUCAUCCUCUUCUUCCCUGUCAUCCUGUUCCUCCUCCUCGGCUCUGGCUCACGAGCUGGCCCAGCAGACGGCCGCGCUACCAGAGAGCGACAGCAGCGGACAAGUGGACUGGACUUACGACCCCAACGAGCCCCGCUACUGCAUUUGCAACCAGGUGUCUUAUGGUGAGAUGGUUGGCUGUGAUAAUCAGGAUUGUCCUAUUGAGUGGUUCCACUACGGCUGUGUGGGUUUGACCGAGGCACCUAAAGGAAAGUGGUAUUGCCCACAGUGUACAGCAGCCAUGAAGAGGAGAGGAAGCAGACAUAAAUAGACAUCCAUCACCCCCCCCCGAGCUGACUCCAGAAUCUCUUACCCAGAACUCUCGACCCAAUCUCACUGCCUGGUUCUGCCCCAGUUUCCCUCGUAAAAAAACUGUGCGAGAGAAAGUCUUCAAUGUGAUCUCCACUUUGUGAAAUGUGAAUGAGCUUUCGAGGACGGUGUCUUUGUAAAUGUAAGAUGAGACACGACCUUUAGUUAUUUUUAAUCUUCGAUUAAGGUCCUGAUUGGCAGUGAAGGGUUGUUAAUAUGCACCCAACUCUCAGACAUUCCUCAGCCUGCCAUGCGUGAUGGUAGGGUUCAUGACCUUCAGCACAAAUUAGUGCAUCUCACUCCUGUUGAUCCAUAUUCACAGGGACAAGACGAACUCAGAAACGUAGUCCGGAAAUGUGUUGAGAAACCAUGGACCCCGGAAAUUUAACAAAAAAACCCCACAGUGUCUCUGAACGAGAAGAGCCUGAUGAUACUGGUGUUCUUUGAAGUGUUUGUGUAUUCAGUACUCCAGGGUUCUCGAUCCAGGUCCUGGGGUUCCCCCUGCACUGCUGAUUUAGUGUUUUGUUUUUUUAUUUUUGCUCUAAAAUGCACAUUUAAACUCAUGCAGGGAUCAGUAAUGAGCUGGUUAGUGGAUGCAGGUCUGUUAGGAGCAAGAAAAACACUAAAUGCCCUGGACUGCAGUACUUCAUUACCAGAAAUAUGGGAUACUCUGCAGUUGGUAUAUUGAAUUGUGCUUCACUUGGGGAUAAAACCUCAUAACCCCCAAUGAUACAUGAUGGAACACAUUUUCAAGAAAUUUGUGCUUAUCUGUGAGGUUGAAUUUCUUUAAAUAUUUCUAAUAAAAUUUCAGGAUUUCAUUCAGCUAGAUGAUUUGAGCGCACAAAUAAAUAAAACAGGAAUCCUUGCAGAUAAGCAACAACAUAUUUUUUUGGCUAGGCCUUUCAGCCAGGUGCUGCCAGUUGUACUAUAACACAGUGAUUGUUGGUGUAUGUGUGUUUGUGUGUAUGAUGUGAUGUAUACAGAAUGUGUGUAAAUGUGUAGUCUGGCCUGCACUGAUCUGGUGAUUCAACGUUUCCUAACCGGGGGGGAAAAAAUAAAACGAUCAAUAAUUUUGCUA